GCUGAAAGAAAAGAUUCUGUUGGGAGGAAAAUGAAUCUCCGUGAGAAGGAAUCAUUGGAAUAGCGUGAGUUUUUUGCCGGCCAUCCGCGGCGUCCCUCUCUUCCAUUGAAGGCUUUGUUAAGGUCGUGGAAUAUUAGCAGAAUCAACAUCUUCUGUUUGAAAUUUUUCUGAAAACGGCAUCCACCGAAUCAGUGAUUCCUCCAAUGUUAAUCAGCGGUGGGUGGUAAAUUAUAAAUGAAACUGAUCCAGGCUUCAUUUAUGGGCAGUCCCAUUUCCAUCAUAAAAAGUUUAAAGCUGUUAUAUUUAUGCUCAAGCAAGGCGAGUUUAUUGAGAAGGGUAGAAAAUUUAGUUGCCAGUUUUUUAACUUCCCCUUUUUUGGAAUAUGAGAAAUUUCAUAUGGGAACAAAAUGCUUGAGUUGGUCACAUUGCCCAGAAAUGGUUAUUUAGGUCAAGGAACUGGCAUUUGAUUGCUGCUGAUUAAAGGUUUUCCUCAUCAUAAGGUUUAAUUAAGCAUGAUAUGUCAGUUUUCUUGCGAUUUUCAAGAGCUAGUUUUUGAUGCUUAAAUGGAAAAGAAAAGAUUAGACGAUCAUGAACCAGGUUCAAUUCCUUCACCAAGAGCAGUGGACAGAUUUGGGUUUGUAAAACAGGAUGCUAAUACCUCUUCUGAUGGUUUAGUCAAGAGUAGGUCAGCAAAUGAGUAUGAGAGAGUUAGGGAGGAAAGAAGGGUAAGAAAAUGGAGGAAGAUGAUUGGGGUCGGUGGGAGUGACUGGAAGCAUUAUGUAAGAAAAAAACCUCAUGUUGUCAAAAGGCGUAUAAGGAAAGGAAUUCCUGAUUGUUUAAGGGGCCUUGUUUGGCAGUUGAUAUCAGGAAGUCGAGACCUAUUACUGAUGAAUCCUGGAGUGUACGAGCAACUAGUGAUAUAUGAAACAUCGGCCUCUGAGCUAGAUAUAAUUAGAGAUAUUUCUCGCACCUUCCCCUCACAUGUGUUCUUCCAACAAAGGCAUGGACCUGGGCAGCGGUCACUCUACAAUGUUUUAAAGGCUUACUCAGUCUUUGACAGAGACGUCGGAUAUGUUCAGGGAAUGGGGUUCUUAGCUGGUCUAUUACUUUUGUAUAUGAGUGAGGAGGAUGCAUUUUGGCUGUUGGUGGCAUUGCUGAAAGGAGCUGUUCAUGCUCCAAUGGAGGGCUUGUAUCUGGCAGGAUUGCCUCUGGUACAACAGUAUCUCUUUCAGCUUGAACACUUGGUGAGGGAGCACCUGCCUAAGUUGGGAGAACAUUUUGCCAACGAAAUGAUAAAUCCUAGCAUGUAUGCAAGCCAGUGGUUCAUAACUGUGUUUUCAUACUCCUUUCCGUUCCAUUUGGCUCUUAGAAUCUGGGAUGUCUUUUUGAACGAGGGCGUUGUUAUUGUUUUCAAAGUUGGCUUGGCCUUACUAAAGUAUUGCCAUGAUGACUUGAUAAAAUUGCCUUUCGAGAAACUGAUACAUGCCUUGCGGAAUUUCCCUGAGGAUGCAAUGGAUCCUGACACAUUAUUACCAUUGGCCUAUUCCUUCAAGGUAUCCAAGCGUUUAGAGGAACUGAGACAACAGUAUGAGAAGCAGCAUGGCAAGUCUGUUCAACUUCAACCUCGAGAAUCUCGACAGCUUGUUGAAAACUGACAACAUGAUAAAAAGGAGAGAAUUUCAAACAUUUGAGAGAAAUUGAAGCAGUAGCACAAAGCAGAGAUGGACUGGUAUUCACUUCAACCUGCAGAAGUAGUUGGAAAGCAUUCUGCCCAAUGAAGGUUUUUCUGGUGUUGUAUAUUUGUCUGGUGUUGACCCCAUGUUGUGUUCUAUGUAUAGUUAGUGACUUGGAUAGUGAGGCGUCGAAGUUAUGAAGCUUUGAUGUGUA